CCAUUUGGGAUCUGAGAUUUUCCAGUUGGAUGGUUUCUUGACGUUUGGAUGCAAUGUGGAUUGUUUAUUGUGCAAUUAAAAUUUAAUUUCUACUUUCUUGCUUAUGCUACUGCUGGGUUUUUGUGAAAAGGGAUGGCUCUUUUUCGCAAAUUUUUCUACAGGAAGCCACCUGAAGGGCUUUGGGAGAUAUCUGAAAGGGUUUAUGUCUUUGAUUGCUGCUUCGCUGUGGAUGCUUUAAGACAUGAUGAGUACAGAGAAUAUGUGAGAUGUGUAGUAGCUCAACUCCGUGACUACUAUCCUGAUGGUUCAUUUGUUGUUUUUAACUUCUGUGAUGGGGAGAAUCACGGCCAGAUUGCAAAUAUAUUGUCUGUGUAUGAUAUUAUUGUAAUGGACUAUCCUAAGCAGUAUGGAAAUUGCCCAUUACUCACAAUGGAGAUGAUUCAUCACUUUCUGAAGUCAAGUGAAAGCUGGCUUGCUGGGCACAGGAAUGUGCUUUUGCUGCAUUGUGAAUAUGGUGGCUGGCCACUUUUAGCCUUUAUGCUGGCUUCCUUCUUGGUUUAUAGCAAGCAAUAUACAGGAGAACACAGAACUUUAGGCAUGAUCUAUAAGCAAGCACCUCGUGAACUCUUGCAAUUACUGUUGCCACUAAAUCCAUUACCUUCACAAUUAAGGUACAUACAGUACAUCUCAAAAAGGAAAUUGGGCUCAGAAUGGCCUCCAUUUGACAGAGUUCUCGUGCUAGAUCGCAUCAUAUUGAGAAAUACCCCAACUAUGGGUGAAGAGGGUGGUUGUUGUCCAACAUUUAGGAUAUACAGACUGGAUCCUCUCAUAUCAGCUGAUCAGAAUUCUAAGGUGCUUUUUUCUGGUACAAAGAGGAGUGACGUUAUUCCACACAAACAGCAGGCAGACUCUAAAAUGGUUAAGAUUGACAUCAACUGCCAUAUCCAAGGUGAUGUUGUGCUCGAGUGCAUAACUAUAAAAAAUGAUCUGCAAUUUGAAGAUGUCUUAUUUCGUAUUAUGUUCAACACAGCCUUUAUACAAUCAAAUAUCUUAAUUCUUAACCAUGAUGAGAUUGAUACUCCAUGGAAUGUCCAACAUCAUUUCUCCAGGGACUUCAGGGCAGAGGUCCUUUUCUUGGAGAUGGAUUCUUCUCCUACACUUAUUCCACAUGAUUAUCCAACUACUGAAGAUAAAGGAAGUCUUCCAAGUGAAGCAUUUGGCAACAUGUUUAGAAAUGUGGAGUCACUGGAACAAAAAGCCGAUGUUGAUCAACACCAUGCUGGAAAUGAAAACUUGGGUCAGGGCUGUAUGCAGAGUGCUAGAAUUGUAAAAAGGAGUUGUCACGAAACUGCAAAGGAAGAGAACCAGGGAACUCUUCCGCUUCCUAGUAAUGGACACGAAAAUUUGAAAAGUGUACCUGCCAAUGCUUCUCAAGUUCAGAAGAUGUUUAGCAGGGUGAAUUUGCUCCAUCUGAAAAAUGAUGUUGAGCUAAAUAUGUUGAAAACAACAGCAUCAGAUUCCCUGCAAGAAAAUUUGGAAACUUCCCCUUUUGAUGGAAAAGAAAAAUUAAAUGCUAGGUCUCCUCAGUGUGCCAGUGUUGAAAUUCUGGAGAAUAUCGCCCAUGAAAGUGCUAAGGAUGAUACACCUGAGACUACCUCUCUUUCGCAUGCUGGAAAUGAAAAUUUGGUGGAUAUAUCCCCUAAACAUGUUCUGGAAGGGACAGUCAUGGGAAAGCCAAGUUCUGACAGCAUUUCAGAUAUGCCAAAUUCCAAAGCAUUGGGGAGUGAAAUAAGAAGUUCCCUGCCUGAAUUGUUAGAAGAAAGAUGUCCAGAAUCUUCUACAUCUUUGGGUUUGAACGCAUUAACAAAGAAGAUGGACUCCCAAGAAAUUCAGGGUGCUUUUGAAAGACCUGUUCAAAAUAAAAUGGUCUUACCAACAGUUUUUCAUGGUUCUCUACCCAAUCCAGCUUCAAACUGUUUGCAGGGGUCACCAUUACCCCUUACAAAAUAUACGAAUGCAUCAUCUGUCCUUGGCAUUACUGCUCUCUUGCAUGAUACUUCAUCAAACAAUAAAAUGAAGUCUCACAUGGUCACAAUAUCUCCAAGAUCUGCUCUUUCAGCAUCUUUUCCUCAACUAUGUAAACCUGUAACUACAAGUUUGCUCCAGGUGGUGCCACCAUCUGAUUUACCAUCUUCAACUGUAGCAACCAGCAAUUUGGCAAAAGUUUCUGCAACACCUUUUCUUUCAUCAUCACCACAAUCUUCACCAUCACUACCAAAAGCACACCCAACCCUAUCAAAUUUAUCAUCAGAAUCAUCCAUUGAUGAUUUAUCAGCUCCAAAUGAACAGGAUUUUCGCAAGAAAUCUGAUUGUGUUGUACCAACACGAAAUACAGGAUGCUUACCAUCAGUUUCUCACACACCACUUUCAACCUUGGCUCAUCCAGAAAUGCCACUGUCUUCUUCAUCCAGUAACGUAUUUCCCCCUCCCCCUCCUCCACCUCCUCCACCUCUUUUUCCCAGAAUGGCCACAUCUCUUUUUGUCAAAAAUUCAUUUACAUGUGCCUAUCUCCCUCCUUCCUCACCUCCAUUCUCAUUUUCCUCAGCUUUAACUCCUGACGAGAACACAAAGAAUUCAUCAGAAGUUGCUUCUUCUCUCCCUGAGGUAGCUUUAUCCGGUGGCCUAGUUCCUUCCAAACUGCAAGACAAAAGCACAACGAAUGAGACCAUACCCCUAACACCCCCUCCUCCAAACCUUUUUGUAUCAUCAGACUCUAGUAUUGCUGCCAUUAGUUCAGCAUCACCACCCAUACCCCCAUCUCCACCUCCACCUCCACCUACACCUCCAUCUCCACCACCAUCUGCAUCUGUCGAAGGCCAAACUCCAUGUCCCACUACCAUGUACUCAUCUUUGACUCCAACUCCUCUCACGGCUCCACUUCCUGGUUCAAAUUCAUCCAGUGGCCUGAUUUCUUUGAUUGUGCCAGAAAACAAGUUGGAAAAGUCAGCUUUUUCUCCUCCUCCUCUGCAUUCAGGGUUGAUUGCCAGUGCUGCUGUUUCAUCAGCAGGGCAACUGCCAGCUCAUCAAUCUUCACCUCCACCCUCAAGUUCCAUAAGAGAAGCUUCAACUCCCAUCCAGAACCCAUCUUCAUCCUCACCACUUGCCCAACCUCCAGUCCCUGAGGCAGCAUCUUUUAGUGACUCAAUUUCUUCCCUUGUUCCAGAGAAAAGUAAUGUAAUAUCAGCUAGGCUUGCUUCACCACCUCCUCCUCUACAUUCAAAAGCACUAUCAAAUCCUGCUGCGGUGUCAGCACCAGCACCACCCCCUCCUCCUAGUUUCUCUUCAAACAAAUUAAUGGCAAAGAUUUCUCCACAUGUUCCUCCUCCACCUGCUCCAUUUUCCAAUACCUUGCCAAAAACAGGAACCACAUUGCAAUCUCAUUCUUCUGGAAGGAAUGGACGCAUUCCUCCUACACCUGCAUCACCAUUAGGUUCAAAAGGAAGGCUCCAAGCAAGUUCAAGUGCCAAAUAUCAAAACAAAAAGAGCUCCCUGAAGCCAUACCAUUGGCUAAAAUUGACGAGAGCCACGCAAGGAAGCCUGUGGGCUGAGACACAGAAACCUGAGGAAGCAUCAAAGACUCCAGAGUUCGACAUGUCUGAAAUUGAGAGUCUUUUCUCAGUCACUGUCCAAAACUUAGAUGACGGGAGCACCAAGGGGAAAUCAAGUCGCGCUUCAAGAAGCAAAUCUGACAAAGUCAACCUGAUUGACCUUAGGAGGGCGUAUAACUGUGAAAUUAUGUUGACAAAGGUUAAGAUUCCUUUGCCCGACUUAAUGAGUUCAGUCCUCACACUGGAUGAUUCAGCAUUGGAUGUAGAUCAGGUAGAUAAUCUAAUAAAAUUUUGUCCCACAAAAGAAGAAAUGGAGCUUAUCAAGAAUUACAAAGGUGACAAAGAAAACCUUGGAAAAUGUGAACAGUAUUUUCUGGAGUUGAUGAAAGUCCCACGGGUGGAGUCAAAAUUGAGGGUUUUUUCCUUUAAAAUCCAAUUUUCUUCACAGGUUUCUGACUUAAGGAAUGCGCUGAACAUAGUAAACUCUGCAUCAGAAGAGGUUAGGAAAUCAGUCAAGUUGAAAAGAGUAAUGCAAGCGAUUCUUUCAUUGGGUAAUGCUUUAAACCAAGGGACUGCAAGAGGUUCUGCUGUUGGAUUUCGAUUGGAUAGCCUUCUAAAGCUCACCGAUACUAGAGCUCGAAACAAGAAGAUGACUCUCAUGCACUAUCUUUGUAAGGUUCUUAAUGAAAAGCUCCCAGAACUUCUGGAAUUUCCCAAGGACCUUACAAGCUUGGAAGCUGCAAACAAGAUACAAUUGAAAUACUUGGCUGAGGAAAUGCAAUCCAUCAGCAAAGGGCUGGAGAAAGUUGUACAUGAACUGACUGCCUCAGCAAAUGAUGGUCCUGUGUCCGAAAGUUUCUGCAAGAUGCUAAAGGAAUUUCUUUGCUCUGCUGAGGCUGAAGUGAGAUCCCUGGCCUCGCUUUAUUCUGGGGUGGGGAAAAAUGCAGAUACAUUGGCACAUUACUUUGGAGAAGAUCCUGCUCGAUGUCCUUUUGAGCAAGUUGUUUCAACUUUGCUCAACUUUGUGAGGAUGUUUGAGCGAGCUCACGAGGAAAACUGCAAGCAAAUUGAGUUUGAAAAGAAGAGAGCAGAAAAGAAUGCUGACAUUGAGAAAACAAAUUUGAGUGCCUUUUUGAAGGAAUAGGACAAGUUGAUGGCAGAUGCUGCUGAUAUGUCUAAUAACUCAAUUGGCUCUAGAUGGCAUUAUCCUUGAUCGUUGGCCGGUGCAAGUACCUUGUACAUGUCCUGUGUAUCUCCAGAGUAGCAGCAGUGAGUAACAUCACUCCUUCCCAAGCAGCGAACUGCAUGUUUAUCUAAAACCGUUUUGCCCUGAAGUAAGAGUUGUUCUCUAAAAGGAAGACUGCAUCUCAUUAGACGCUCAUUUCAAGAGGUACGCUGCUUUAGUGACCUCCUUCAACUAGACUUCUCUGCCACAAUAUGGUAAUUUGACACAUUUCACCAAAUAAUCUAUCUGUUAUUUCCAUCAUGUUCCAGAUAUGUGCUAUCGGAACUUUGAAGUCUUGAAAUCACUUCUUAAGUGGUUGAAUAUUGUUUGUAAAUGUCUGUAUUAGGACCCAGAUCAGAAUUUUUCACAGCCACGUUCUGGUUUAUACGCCAUACCUUGUACAAGUUAGAUAUUCUUCCACAUCUUAGUAGCAAUAACUCUGUAUUUCUUCACAACGAUUAUCUGCAUGUCGUAGCAACUAGAACCCUAGUUUAGGACUUGAGGUGCUACACUAUGAACCAUAGAAUGGAAUUGUUGAUUUCCAGGA